AUGUCCAUCAAAGCCAUUUUCUACAGCAAAUUCGAUCCCCAUGAAGGCCCGAAGAUCGUGCACCAAGUCCCCGAGGGAUGCAUCUUGACGAGCGGCGACAAUGCAGCGUCCAACGGCGACGGGCCGACCACGACGACUCCGUCACCAUCCAGCCCGCUGCUAUCGUUCUCGACGAUCUCGCGCUUCGUGAUCCCUCGCCAGUCCCUAUGCGGGAACCUGAUGACGCUGACGCCGCCGCCGCUGACGCCGAACACGCCUCCGACGCUGGUGCUCUCGUACCCACUAUGCCUGACGUCGGCGCACUACCCGCGCAACGAAUUCAUCUUCAACUUCGCGCUGGUGCUCAGCGACCCGGCGACGAUCGACGUGACCUCGUACAAGUCGGUGGUGAAGAAACUGGCGCACCUGAUGCGCAGUCUGGAAGAGCAGUCGUAUUUUCUGAGCGAUGACACGGCGCCCGCGAAUUCCGGCAAGAUCUACAGUCUCUGCGAGAUGCUGAUGGAGGACCUGAACGACUACUGCGAGUGCAUGGUGCCGAUCGACGAGCUGAACACGCUGAACAUCAAGCUGUUCCCGACGCUGCCGAACCCGGUCGGCGUCAAGCCGUGGUACGUGCCGCUGUUCACCGUGCGCAUCGAGACCAUGGUCGACGAGAACUGGGACCUGACCAUGCUGCGCAUCCUGCCCUACAUCAACGGCGUCAACAGCGUCACGCGCAUCGCCGCCCUGGCCGACGCCGACAUCAAGCUCACCAAGAAAUGUGUCAAGCAUUUACUCUAUUACGGCUGCGUCUUGCUGCUCGACAUCUUCAGCUUCAACGCCAUCUAUGCGCCCACCGCCGACUUUGCCAACAUGAUCGCCAAGGAUGUCGACAUGCAGAAGGAGUGCGCGCGCUACGUCAACACCGCGUUCGCCCCGGGCGCUCAGGAGGAGGCCAUCAUUGAUGGCGGUGGUGGUGCAGGCGGCGGCGCGGCUGAUCGCCGGACGAGUCAGGGGGGCCUGAUGACCACCGCUGCGUCGCUCACGUUGGGUGACGAUAGAGAAGAUGACGAGAUCUGGCCGUUGACGGCUAAAGGCGAGCCCAUCGACGGCGUGGCGAUUGUCCAACUGUUCGCGUCGCUGCGACAGGGCUUGACCGUGAGGGAGUGGUAUGCUCAGAACGCGAAUAUGCUGGCCAACAUCGACAUGCGCCGCUUCGUGACUUUUGGCGUCAUCAAGGGCUUCUUGUACCGGGUCCAUCGCUAUGCCAUUCGGACACGGAAGGGAGGUCCACACGCCCUGCACGGUCAAUAUGUCGAUGCCGAUGCAGAACAUGUCGACUAUUUGUCCCGGAGCAUGUCCAGCGAGCGCGAUCUGGCCGAAGACUCUUUGCGGAGUAGAAAGAAACAGGCUCGGGAUCGUCCCGGUGCAGGCAAAUCACAUGACAGCAAUCUCUUGAAUUCCAAGAUCGUCGAGUACUUGGAUGGCACCCACUGCUUCGAUGAAAUCUGUACAGACCUGGAAAUCAGCGAGAAAGAACUCAUCGACCGGCUGAAGAGUCGAGAGAUUGGCGAGGUGACCAUUAUCUGCAGAUAG